CGUUGCAGAGGCCAGCUGCUGAACUAAUUAACAUUAAAUCUUUCAUUUUGGAAAGAGUACUGUUUCUAUUCCUUUUCUACUAUUCUCUCUGCUUCUCUACCAACUAUCUCUUCUCUUCUUCCCUAUACUCAUGGCCUUAUAAUACAACAGUACUUGCACUCACACAUAAAUAUAUACCACCCAGAUUUUUCUCUCUUCAUUGAGAAAAAUUGAGGUAAAAUUGAUGAUGAUAGAAAACUCAACUGGCAAAGGUUAUUACAGUGAAGCAACAAAGGAAGAAGAUGAAAAUGGAACAAUGAAAUUCUCUAACAAAGCAAUAGCUACCUCAAGACAAUGGACAUCGUCAUCGAGAAAUCCGAGAAUCGUGAGAGUGUCGCGUUCUUUAGGAGGAAAAGACAGACACAGCAAAGUGUGCACAAUUAAAGGAUUGCGAGACCGUCGAAUUAGGUUGUCUGUACCAACAGCAAUUCAGUUAUAUGAUCUUCAAGACAGGCUUGGUUUAAGUCAACCUAGUAAAGUUGUUGAUUGGUUACUUGAAGUAACUCAAUCUGAUAUUGAGAAGUUACCACCUCUUGAUUUUAGUACUCAACAACAAACCCUAAGGUAUAGUUUGCAGAAUCCUCAACAAUCAAGUUUUUCUCUUGGAACUGGUUUUUAUGAUCAUCAAUUCAAAGGUAAAGAGCCUGAAAAUUCUGCAGAAAAGGGUAACUAUUAUAGUUCAAAUUAUUCAUCAACUGGUUUUCCUUUUCCAUAUACUAAUAACAACUUGGAUCCUUCAAGUACUCUUUCAUUAUCACAAUUUGGAGGCUAUCAUGGUAAUUUAUUUCAGCAAAACAGUAAUGGAAGUGCUAUGCAGUUUUCAUCUUCUUCUAAUUUGACAGUACCUAAUUCAUCAGGUAAUUCACAGUUACUUUUUUGUCCUCCUUCUGUUAUGCCAUCAUCACUUUUUAGUCCUACUCAGAAUGCUCCAUCCAUGGAAAGUGAUUUUCAAAGACAGUUCAACCAUGUUCAGAUCUUGAAUAAUUCUUCAUCGACUAGUACUUUGAUCCCGUCUCUUCAUCUUCCAAUCAAUUCGCCUUUUAGACGCAACCAAACAAUGCCGUUUAUAAAUUCCAAGCUUCUUGAUUCAGAUCAUAAUAACACCAGAAAUGGAUAGUAGUAGUAGUACUUUUGUUCUUUGAACUUUGAAGUUCCAUUCUAUAUAUUCUAUAUAUAUAUGAUGAUGUAUCAUAUGCAUUUAUAGGAUGUGAAAGUACAAUGUUUUCUAAUUAUUUAUAUUUUUCA